CAUACAAAACAAUAUCCCACAUACACAAAUAUUACGUACAAUCAUGAGCAAACGAAACAUUUGCUACAUGGUUUCGGCAAUCAUCUUCAUCCUCUUGGCCAUCUUCAUGAUUGCUUUGAUCCUUGCGCAGACCGUGUUCAAGCCAAAACAUCCGAUACUACAAACCGUGUCUUCAACUGUUAAAGGCGUAUCCACAAAUGUAUUGCCACCAUUCCAGGUCCAACUGAACUUCACCCUUACACUCGAGAUGCUGCUCGAGAACCCUAACGUUGCGGAUUUCGAGUACAAGACGAUGGAAAACUUGGUUUACUACAUGGAUAGGCUAGUGGGAAAUCUCACUCUUCCUUCGAGCACGUUGCCUGCCAAAGGUUCAGUGAUCUUGGCGUGUCCCCUUCUUCUCCAGAUCGAUCAAUUUGUCGCCAACUUAGGUGACAUCGUGCAAGAUAUAUUGCAUGGAAAAAUUGUGAUUGAGACAAAGGCGAGAAUGCCAGGAGUGAUCACGUUGUUGGGAAUCUUUAAGACACGUUUGGAUUCAAUAUCGCAUUGCAACCUCGUACUUGGCUUUCCUUCGAUGGUGGUCUUGGAACAAGUCUGUGAUCUUAAAACUAAGCUGUAGCCGUUUUUUUCUCCAUAGGCUUAAUAGGGCAGGUUAAUUGUAGUUUUUCGUAAUAAGAAAGAUUGUAUUCUCUUGAGUUUUGAUUAUGGCUGUUUUAAUUUUAUAUAGUACCUUUUCCUGAGUCUUA